AUGGCUAUCUUGAAUACAAGCCAAGGUGAAGUCGAGGUCCGAAUCAAGAGAUACCCGGACGACACAUAUUAUGAUGAAUACAUUAAAGUUGAACGCAAGGAGAGAGGCACUGAUACCGAGCGAGAGAGGUAUAUCGUUGCAGAGCCGGACACCACAUACUAUAUCGAAGUCACAUUGAAAGCAGGUUUUGAUUUUGGUGAUAAUGACGUUAUGGGUGCUAAUUUGCACUUCUCUGGUCGAGAUAAGCGGAUUUCAGGUACUUCCUUUUGGGAACACAAAUACACAAGAAAGUUGAAGGAGGAUAUUGUCAGAAAUAUUCAGUAUGCUUAUGUGGGAGUUGAUGGAGAAAAGGUACUUGGGGCAAGAUUUUUUUUCAGACAAAUUGAAAUAGAUGAAGAUCUUUCCGACGAGACGGAUGUUUUGGGCAUUCAUCCGGAUAGUCUCGUGACAUUUUCAGUCAGGCUAUUCUUAUAUAAGAAGCACACCGUCAAACUAUCCGAUGAUGAAUACGACAAGGCAGUAUUGGAGUUCCAGCACGCUUCUGCAAGUGUUGAGCACAAUACGUCCGCUCUCGGACCUCAAGACAGAGUCGUUGAUCCUGCAGUCAUUCAGCCCAACACUCGAAAUCUCUGGGACGUCAAAAAGGUUGACAAGGAUAGCUUUAAAAAACGUGGCAUCCGCUCGGCCAUCGGAUUUUCUGGAGGAACAAAGCAGCCGAACGUUCCAGCAAGAGACUCUAUGCAUAAAAAGGGACUUAUUGUAGAGCCUCAACCACCAGAGCGUACUACUACAACGUAUAAAGCCCUACCUUGCUCCGGGACAUUCGAGUUUCAUUGCAGGGCUGCAGAGUUCCUGGAAGUGGUGGGCAUCAUCAAGUACCCUCCGCCCCUUCACUGUUAUUCUUGGGGUAUGUUGAAUGAGAACGAAAGAAAAAUCGCCUUAACUGAGUUGCAAGAAUUGAGCAAGAAGCAAUGGCGUGAAGAUCGAGAGAAAGAGACUGGCUUGAUACUCCCCAAUGUAGGUAGCAGGAUCAAGUCGGAAGAUGAUCCAUGGGAAUGGCGUCAUUGGGACAAAAUGUACGCUGCUGAGAAACAAAGGGUGUUUGAUAAGCUUCAAACAGAUAAGAAAAACCGCCAGCGAGGUAUCAUUCAGCGUGAGUAUAAAAACUUCAUGGGGGAAAUCAUUUCUUUAGACGAAGAAAACGAUAAGCCUUCCAGAAACUCUCUCGAGAGGGGUAGAGAUGACAAGAAACAAGAGAGGGCUAAGUCUGGUAAAGAAGGCGUACGCAUCAAGCAUGAAGAAAUCCAACGCGCUACGGCAAACUCCCUCGACGCACAACAGACCACAGGCGUAAAUAUCAGCAAGCACGGGAUAAUCAAUAUUGACGAGGACGAUGAUUCGAUUAUCAUUGUCUCUGAGACUAAGAAUCCAAUCUUAAGCCUAGCUCCAAAGGAAGAAGAGAUUGAAGAAGAGAUUACAUUUGCAGAUGAGGAGUUGAGAAAGGAAGAGGCCGCACUUGAGAAACUGAAGGAAGAUAUCGCGCAAGAAGAGAGAGUUAUCAAAAUGAAGCGGGAGCGUGAUGCUUUGCAGGAGAAAAUUGAUGCAGCGAGAUCUAAGAAGCGAAUCAAGACAGAAUGAUCGAAAGGUCUAAUUCUCAAUGAUAUUAAGUUAUUUGGUCU